AUGGUUCGCUUCUCCAGGUCCUCCGCGCACCGUCUUCUCCACGCACUAUGCUCCUCCACCACCACAGUCUCUCCAUCCCCAACCGGCUCCCUCAUCGCCGCCACUUUCCACCUCCGACACUUCUCAGCCGGAAACGUCGCCCGUGCCAAGGCAGCAUCAAUUAACAAGGAGCCUUGGUGGAUGGAGUCAAUGGAAAUGAUUCGCAACAUUGGUAUCUCGGCACACAUCGAUUCCGGGAAGACGACUUUGACGGAGCGGAUACUGUUCUACACUGGCCGGAUUCACGAGAUCCAUGAGGUGAGAGGGAAGGAUGGCGUUGGUGCCAAGAUGGAUUCCAUGGCGUUGGAGAAACGGAAGGGAAUCACUAUUCAGUCUGCUGCUACAAAUUGUACUUGGAAGGACUAUAAGAUCAACAUAAUUGACACACCUGGUCAUGUUGAUUUCACCAUUGAAGUUGAAAGGGCUUUGCGUGUCCUUGAUGGUGCCAUUCUUGUGUUUUGUAGUGUUGGUGGGGUGCAAAGUCAGUCCAUUACCGUUGAUCGGCAAAUGAGAAGGUAUGAGGUUCCAAGACUUGCAUUUAUUAACAAGCUUGAUCGAAUGGGAGCAGAUCCAUGGAAAGUAAUAAAUCAGGCUAGAUCUAAGCUUCGGCAUCAUAAUGCUGCAGUUCAAGUUCCCAUAGGUUUGGAAAAUGGUUUUAAGGGACUUGUUGAUCUUGUGAAGCUAAAGGCCUAUUAUUUUCAUGGUUCAAAAGGCGAAAAAGUUGUCAUUGAAGAGGUGCCUUCGGAUAUGGAAGCGUUGGUGGCUGAAAAAAGACGCGAACUAGUAGAAACCGUGUCAGACGUUGAUGAUAUACUUGCUGAAGCGUUUCUUAGUGAUAAAGCCAUUUCAGAUGCUGAUCUUGAGGAAUAUCCUUGGUUUGUUUGUUUGAUAUUGAGUGAUCAUUAUGGUCCUCCCUACGUUUCAAAUCAUGAGUCUACACCAGCAGCGCAAAAGAAAGUCGGUUGGUGUAGUCUGAAAGUUUCAGCCAGUGGCAGUGCAGCCGUUUGCAUGCCCCUGGCCGGGGAUAGAGCACCAAAGUCACCGGGAGCAAUUCGUAGGGCUACCCUAGCACAAAAAUUUAUACCGGUAUUCAUGGGAAGUGCUGUCAAAAACAAGGGAGUACAGUCACUUCUGGACGGAGUACUUAGUUAUUUGCCAUGUCCAACUGAAGUUAGUAAUAAUGCUCUUGACCAAUCUAAGAACGAGGAGAAGAUUGAGCUGACUGGAAGUCCUGAUGGUCCCCUUGUAGCAUUGGCUUUCAAAUUGGAGGAAAAUAAUUUUGCGCAGUUAUCAUAUCUAAGAAUUUAUGAGGGCAUCCUUCGGAAGGGGGAUUUUGUGACUAAUGUUAACUCUGGCAAGAAGACCAAGAUUUCUCGCUUGGGUAGGAUGCAUUCUAAUGAAAUACAGGACAUUCAGGAGGCCCACGCUGGCGAAAUAAUUGCUGUAUUUGGUGUUGAUUGUGCAUCAGGAGAUACUUUUACUGAUGGGUCGGUUAAAUACACAAUGACUUCUAUGAAUGUUCCUGAGCCCGUGAUGUCUUUAGCUGUACAGCCUGUCUCAAAAGAUUCUGGAGGGCAAUUUUCAAAAGUUUUGAACCGCUUCCAAAGAGAGGAUCCUACUUUCCGUGUUGGUUUGGACCCAGAGAGUGGGCAGACAAUCAUUUCUGGAAUGGGAGAACUGCACUUAGAAAUCUAUGUUGAACGCAUUAAGACGGAGUACAAGGUUGAUGUUACAGUUGGAAAGCCCCGUGUGAACUUCAGAGAAACUGUUACUCAACGUGCUGAUUUUGAUUAUUUACAUAAGAAGCAAUCCGGAGGGCAAGGACAAUAUGGACGGGUGAUUGGGUAUAUCGAACCACUUCCUGCCGAGUCGGGAACUAAGUUUGAAUUUCAAAACAUGCUGGUUGGCCAAGCUGUUCCAUCAAGUUUUAUCCCUGCAAUUGAGAAAGGUUUUAGAGAAGCUGCCAACUCUGGUGCCUUAAUUGGACAUCCAGUUGAAAAUCUCCGAGUUGUCUUGACAGAUGGUGCUGCUCAUGCUGUUGAUUCCAGCGAACUUGCCUUUAAGAUGGCUUCUAUCUACGCUUUUAGACAUUGUUACGCAGCUUCCAGACCAGUUAUAUUAGAACCUGUUAUGCUUGUUGAGCUGAAAUUACCAACAGAAUUUCAAGGAGCUGUUGCUGGUGACCUCAACAAGAGAAAGGGUCUGAUUGUUGGCAAUGAUCAGGAUGGGGAUGAUUGUGUCCUUACAGCUCAUGUCCCUCUUAACAAUAUGUUUGGGUAUUCUACAGCUCUUCGUUCGAUGACACAGGGAAAGGGUGAAUUCACAAUGGAAUAUAAGCAACAUUCACCGGUUUCUAAUGAUGUACAGACCCAAUUGAUAAACGCAUACAAGGGCACUCAGGCGGCUGAAUGA